AUGGGCGGUGGUUGCAUUCGUCCCAACCAUCUUGGGAUGGGUCAUCUCCCGCAAGGCCCUUGGCUUCGAGCUUUUGGAUCGAACGCCUCGCUGCUUCGCUGGACCAUGGCGAAGGCAGCGAAGGAGAAGAAGAAGGAGGUCCAAAAGGGAUGGGCCUCCGACGCUGAAGUCCAGCGCGUCUCUGGAAGCUUGGAGGAGCUCGCGCUGGGCUUCCCUCCCAGCGUCAGGAAUCACCUGAAGUCAGCCGCGCCGUACCUGGCAAUCGCUUGGAUCCACUUCCUGAUUGCUUUGCCCCACCUGGUGAAGGCAGCGAAGAAGGUCCAGGCAGCAGUCAUGAUGCUCCCGGACAAGAUCUUCUGGGCCAUUUUGAGCUUUCUGGUGUGCUUCUUUGGCGGCAUCUUCCCAGUGACCAUCGCAGCCGCGGAGGCUUGGAAUCUCUGCGGCGGCAUCGAGUGUUGGGAACAGACCAAAGUCCUCCUCAACGAGUUCAUGAAGGUGGCCGAUGCCAGUAAGGAGGAGGCCAAAGAAGAGGACAAGGACAAGGACCAAAAAGAGACCUUGUCGUCCAACGACAUCAUCCAGAAGAAGAUGGCGGUGGCCUUACGCGUUAUGGAGCCAGAGAAGGUCAGCACAUCCCUGUCCACCAUCUACGUGGCCUGGAUCGGCGUCAUCGGCGUGCUGCGCCUCCAAUUCGCUCGAACUGUCACCUUGGGAGAGGUCAUUGGCUCCAAGGUGUACAAGCCCAUUAGCAAGAUCGAGCCCGCCAUAGAGUCGGUCAUCCCCGAGGACUACCAGAAGUGGGUGCCGGUGGUGACCCGCUGGACCUGCAAGGCGAUAGCUAUCUCCCUGGCCUGGUGGAUUCAGCGCAUCAUCUCUGCUGUGCAUUCCGCCAUCCGCGGCGGCAUGAUCUUCGCGGAGUACUUGGCGCCGAGGGCUUGUUGCUACCGCGAGCACGCGCUCUUCGGUGGCGUCACCUGCGCCGGCAACUGGGAGCUGGUGCUGAACGAGCCAGGCGGCAAGUUCGGCUUCUGGCACCUGGCUGCUGGGUAUCACCCUCGACGCCUCCUUGUACCGCCGCCCUUGCCCGCCCUGGGCACCUUAGUUUUUUUGCGGCUUGUGGCCACCAUGGCCGACGAAGAGCGUGGCGGUGGAGGAGCAUGGGGGAAAGCCCCAACGUGGGACGGAUCUCCGCUGACAUGGCGAUCCUUCAGGAGAGAGAUGUCUUGGUGGCUGUCUAGCCUGGAUUUGGAGUCGACGAAGCGCUACAACCUGGCGGCUCGCUGGCUUCUUCGCCAAACAGGCAUAGUCCGACAGCGAGGUGAAGAGUUUAGCCCGGAGGAGCUCGCCUACAAGCCGGCGGAGACGCUUGACGACCCUGAUACUGGCGAGACCUACCAGAUCUCCGAGCCCGAUUACCUGGCAGGUUUGAACAAGUUGCUCAAGGCCCUGGAGAGCAUCAAUGGCCAGACUACUUUGGACAAGCGUGGUGAGCUCAGGACUGAGUUCUACUUGGAGCUGCACCGUCGUGCUGGAGAACGCGUCUCUGAGUUCUGCGCGAGGUUCAGGUCCUUGGUGGCAGAUCUUCGAGCUGAAGGAGUUGCUCUUCCUGAAGGUGAACUUGGGUGGUUCUUGAAGGAGAAGCUAGGCCUUGACGGGCUGAGAAAGCAGUUGUUGGAGACGGCCUUGCAGGGCCGAGAGGCCUACGAUGUGAUCGAGGCUGAGACGCUCAGGCUGUUCAAGGACUUGCAUGUUUCGGACCCCAUGCACCGCAGGUUUGAUCGCCCCAAGCUCACGGUCAGGCCCAACCUUGGUCCUCGACGGUUCCCGGCUGCCCGCCAAGUGAACUUCACGGAGGUUCCUGACGAGCCUGAGGUGGAGGCUCACGAGGAUGAACCGGAAGCGGAGGUGGCUGAGCACGCCACGUUUGAGGAGGCGCUGGUGGCUGAGGCGGAGAUUCUUGCCACGGAGCUGGAGCAGGCCGAGGACGAGGGCGUUGAUCCCGAGUUUUUGGAGAGCUUGGAGUCCAACCUGGAGAAUGCUGCUGAGGCCUUGGUCACUAUGAAGGAGAGCCGACCGGCUCGCCACGUGAAGAUCGUAGAGCGUGAUGAGAAUGAUGUGAGUGCGGCGGAAGCCGGCGCUGUACAUGAGGUUGCAGCCCUGGAGGUGCUGACCCUGGAGCAAGCACUCGCUGCCUCGCGGUUCCUGUUGCGGUUGGAGGCAAGGUUCCUCUGGCACAUCAAAGGCGUUCUGCUCUGGGUCGUGCAAAGGCCCUACUUGCGCUAUGUGCCCUUUCCGUAUCCCUCGGUGGGGUCAGUGCAGCAAUGGAAGCUGCAAGCCGAAUCUAUGACCGAGAGCCAUUCUUGGCCCCGGAAGCAUUUGAAACGAGGCGUGGAGCGCUUCACAGCGGUGACUCUUCGAGAAGCUGCUCACUUUCGGGACCGAAUUGGUUUGCGGAUGGCUUUCCUGGAGGAUGUGACGCUGUCCGGAAUCUUGGCAGCGAGAAGCAUGCGUGGCCAGGCAAGUCAGAUCAAGCGUCAGGCCAUGCUCGAGACCCAGGAGAAAGCCAAGCAGGACCUCGCUCACAAGGGGCAACACGAGAUGGUUCGCCAGAUGGUUGGUCCUCGAGGCGGCUUGCCAAGCCUGAAAGCAGAUUUGGUGCGCCUUGCAACGCUCCUACAUGUGGAGGUGGGCACUGGAGACACCGUGGACAUCAUCAAGGGCAAGAUCAGAGGACCUUUGGCCACCGUGAUGAGUGCCUACAAGGAUCAACAGCGGAGAGGAUCGAGCUCUACGGCAACCUUGGCUACUCCAACGCCGGCGUCCACGAAGUCUUCCGAGCAGACCAUGACCGCUCCGGCGAACGAGACCGUGCCCCAGAUGGCGGAGCUCGAAAUGAAGAUCAUGCACAUGUUGGAGCACCAAGAAGGCAGGUUCCAGCAGAUGUUCGGGCAGGUCUACCAGCACAUCAUGCACAUGCAGAACAACCCGGUGAACGUCAUGGGCAUGACCUUGUCCUCGAACGGCGUCCCAACGGAGUCUUGGGACAUGAUGAGCAGCGCGGACCAGACGAUGCCCGAGCAGAGGAACCCUACAAGCUGA